AUGGACUCAGGAGCGCCUGCACUGCUGCUGCUGUCGCUACUGUGUCUCCCGCGCUGCGCUGUCGGCUGCCCCGCCACCUGCCGCUGCUACAGCGCCACGGUGGAGUGCGGCGCCCUGCGGCUGCGCGUGAUCCCGCCUGGAAUACCGCCUGGGACACAGACCCUGUUCCUGCAGGACAACAGCAUUGCGCGCCUGGAGCCAGGCGUCUUAGCGCCCCUCGCCUCCCUGCGCCGUCUCUACUUGCACAACAACAGCCUGCGCGCCCUGGAGCCGGGCGCCUUCCGAGCGCAGUCGCGCCUGCUGGAGCUGGCGCUCACAGGCAACCGGCUGCGGGGCUUGCGCGUCGGCGCCUUCUCCGGCCUGGCCCAGUUGCGCGUACUCUACCUGGCCGGUAACCAGUUGGUCCAGCUGCUGGACUUCACCUUUCUACACCUGCAGCGACUGCAGGAGCUGCACCUGCAGGAAAACAGCAUUGAGUUGCUGGAGGACCAGGCCCUGGCUGGGCUCUCCUCGCUGGCACUGCUGGACCUCAGCAGGAACCAGCUGGGCACCAUCAGCCGGGAGGCCCUGCAGCCCCUGGCCAGCCUGCAGGUCCUGCGCCUCACAGAGAACCCAUGGCGCUGUGACUGUGCCCUGCACUGGCUAGGAACCUGGAUCAAAGAAGGGGGGCAGCGGCUGCUCAGCUUCAGGGACAAGAAGAUCACAUGUGCAGAGCCCCCCCGCCUGGCACUUCAGAAUCUCCUGGACGUGUCUGGCAGCAGCCUCAUCUGCAUCCCACCCUCUGUGCACGUGGAGCCGCUGGAGGUGACAGCCAACCUGGGUGAGGACCUGCGGGUUGCCUGCCAGGCUUCCGGCUACCCCCAGCCCCUGGUGACCUGGAGAAAGGUGGCCCAGCCUCGUGGGGGGCCGCCGCGGGCCCAGGCCCAACCAGAAGGUGGGGUGCCGGGCCCAGGUGGGCUCGGGGCCUCCGACACCGGCAGCGGCAUGCUCUUCCUCACCAACAUCACCCUCGCCCAUGCCGGCAAGUACGAGUGCGAGGCCUCCAACGCCGGCGGCGCCGCCCGCGUGCCCUUCCAGCUCCUGGUCAACUUGUCCCGCCAGCAGCAGCUGGCGCCCGCGCCGCCCCCGGCUGCCGGCCCCGUCAGCCACGAGCCCCUGCCCGAGGCGGGCAGCAUGGCCUUCCGCGCCCUGGGCCUGGCCACGCAGACCGCCAUCGCGGCGGCCAUCGCGCUCCUGGCGCUCACGGCGCUGCUGCUGGCGACCAUGAUCUGCCGCAGGCGACGCCGGCGCAAAAAGGCGCCGGGCCCUCCGGGGGAGGGCGCGCUCUUCGUCAACGACUACUCGGACGGGCCCUGCACCUUCGCGCAGCUCGAGGAGUUCCGCGACGAGCGGGGCCACGAGAUGUUCGUCAUCGACCGCUCUAAGCCGCUCUUCGCCGAAGGCCCGGCGGAGGCGGGCGAAGGGACGACAGCCGGGCCCGCGCAGGGGCUCCCGCUGCAGCCUCCAGCCGCCUACGAGAUCCACUGCUGAGGGGCGGGCCGCGCGCCGAUGACGUCGGGGCCGCGGAUUGGCCGACGCGACUCGCUCUGCGCAUGCUCCCGCGCGGUCAGUAAAGGGUGGAAGCUGCGUGCGCA